AAGAUGCUAAGAAGUCGCGUUCCGUCGUCGACUCAUUGAACGAUACAAGAAAUCGCUUUCAACUUGUUGAAGUCGCGUGGCUGAAACACGUUAGACAAUUGGACACUCGGAGGCCGGUACGUUACGAGAAGCUGCCGCCGUUGGAUAGCUUUUGCCGGUUAAAUUCGCGGAAUCGUGUGGAAAGUGAGUUUGCGAAUAGAAAGGAAUAUACGAAAGAAUUCAGAACAAUGGCUGAUUAGAUUUAACGCCAAAAUUCCAAGUGCUGUGUCGAUUUAAAUUUUUUGUUUGGUUUUGUAAAAAGUGUGUCGUGUGAAAAUGUCGCCCCCGAGGAGCCUUGAAUUACCAUUUAGCCGCCUGCCAAGUGCCACCGCAGUUCUUGCCGUCCUUGCCGUGAUAUGGACGGUAGUUGUCCGGCCGGCGGGCGCUCAGUGCUCCUGGGAAUACCAGCCCUCCAGCGUAAAGUGCCACCUGAGGAUCCUGGAGUCACAAGGGCUCAAUCUACAGGUGGCCGAGUCAGCUGACCGUCUCGACAUAGAGUGCAGCGAGACGCUCCUCUUCCAGAGUGAGUUGCCGGCCGAGGCGUUUGCGCGCCUCCCAAAACUCAGCGAGCUGCAAAUCGAGUCCUGCCGACUGUUGAAACUGCCUCCGAACGCCUUCAAAGGACUAAAUUCGCUAAGGAGGCUCGCGGUGAAUACGCGGAACAGCAUCUGGGGCGCCGGGAAAAGUCUCGAAGUGUUCACGAGUUCCCUGAACGGAUUGCGCGAGUUACAAGUGCUGGAUCUUAGUGAGAACAAUUUGCGGCAAUUGCCGGAAGGUGUGUGGUGUCCCUUGGGCAAUUUGCAAAUCUUGAACCUAACGCAUAACCGCCUGCGAUCCGCGGACAGUCUCGGUUUCGGGGAUCUACCCUGUACGGGCGCGGGCGGCUCUGAGCUGCAAGUGUUGGACGUCAGCCACAACGAGCUUCGGUCGAUCCCCGACAAUUGGGGAAUUUCGCGUUUGAGGCGGCUAAACGACCUUAAAUUGGAAUUCAAUAACAUCACCGAAAUCUCGCCGGAUGCCCUGUCUGGGCUGGCAUCCUUGAAGAUAUUCAACAUCAGCUACAAUCAUCUGGAAACGCUACCAACCGAUAUUUUCGCCGGCAACAAACAGCUCCGGGAGAUCCACCUGCAACACAACCAAAUUUACGACCUCCCCAAAGGAAUCUUCCAUCAUCUGGAGGAACUCCUCGUGUUGGAUCUGAGCGGAAAUCAGCUGACCAGCCACAACGUUGAUAACGCAACGUUUUCGGGUCUGAUUCGUCUGGUUGUCCUGAAUUUAGCGAACAACGCGCUCACUCGAAUUGGCGCAAAAACCUUCAGCGAGUUGUACUUCCUCCAGAAUCUGGACUUGCGUAACAAUUCGAUUGGUCACGUGGAGGAGGGCGCGUUCUUGCCACUUUACAACCUACACACACUCAACUUGGCAGAGAAUAGGCUGCACACCCUCGACAACAAGCUAUUCAAUGGGCUCUUCAUCCUGACUAAGCUCACCCUCAAUAAUAAUCUCAUAAACAUAAUUGAGUCACAAGCGUUCCGCAAUUGUUCAGAUCUUAAGGAGCUGGACCUAAGCUCGAAUCAAUUGACCGAAGUGCCCGAAGCGAUCCAGGAUUUAGCAGUGCUGAAAACCCUUGACUUGGGGGAGAACCAGAUUUCUGGAUUCCAAAACGGAUCCUUCCGCAAUUUGAAUCAGCUCACAGGAUUGCGGCUGAUUGACAAUCAGAUUGGGAAUAUUACGAUUGGAAUGUUCUGGGACCUGCCGCGAUUAAGCGUUCUGAACUUGGCAAAGAACAGGGUUCAGGCAAUCGAGCGGGGAUCCUUCGACAAAAACACCGAACUCGAAGCAAUUCGAUUGGACCGAAACCUCCUGACCGAUAUCAACGGGGUGUUUGCGACCCUCGCAUCACUUCUUUGGCUGAAUCUGUCAGAGAAUCAUUUAGUCUGGUUCGACUACGCGUUCAUCCCUAGCAAGCUCAAGUGGCUGGAUAUCCACGGGAAUUAUAUUGAGGCGCUUGGGAAUUAUUAUAAACUACAAGAGGAGAUUAGAGUGAAAACGCUGGAUGCUAGUCACAACAGAAUCACCGAAAUCGGCCCCAUGUCCGUCCCGAACACAAUCGAGCUGCUGUUCAUCAACAACAACCUCAUUAAUACGAUCCACCCCAACACAUUCGUGGACAAGACCAGCCUCACCCGGGUCGACCUAUAUGCAAACAUGAUUUCCAAGCUGCAGCUCCACAACCUCCGUGUCGCCCCUGCGCCUGACGAAAAGAUGGUUCCGGAAUUCUACUUGGGCGGAAAUCCGUUCGAGUGCGACUGCUCCAUGGAGUGGCUGCAGCGAGCGGACAGCUUGACCUCACGACAACACCCCCGGAUCAUGGACUUGGCCAACAUCGAAUGUCUGAUGCCGCACAGCAGAAGUGCCCCCAUUCGAGCCCUGACCAGCCUCUCCAGCAGUGACUUCCUGUGCAAGUACGACACCCACUGCUUCGCCCUGUGUCACUGUUGUGAUUUCGAUGCCUGCGACUGCGAGAUGACCUGCCCGACCAACUGCAGCUGCUACAACGACGACCGAUGGGGCACAAACAUCGUGGACUGUGGGCGGCAAAAUACCAAUCAGCUCCCAAGCAAACUGCCCAUGGAUGUCACCGACUUGUACCUUGACGGAAACAACUUGCCUGUGCUGCAAAAUCAAAUCUUUAUCGGCCGGAAGAACCUGCGUUCUGUGUAUCUGAAUGCGAGCAACGUGAUGACGGUGCAGAAUCAAACAUUCGCUGGAUUGGCAGCGCUCGAGAUAUUACACCUGGAGAACAAUAAGCUACAGACCCUGCAAGGGAGUGAGUUUAGUGGGCUGAGUUCCCUGAAGGAGCUAUACUUGCACAACAAUCAACUUUCGUUUAUCGGGAAUAACACCUUGGCCGAUCUGACUUCACUGAGGGUUCUCAGGAUAGACAACAAUCGCUUGGUCACUUUCCCGACAUGGCAGCUUCACAACCUUCAGCAGAAGAGCAGCUUGACUGCUUUGGCUGUCGGGCGCAACUCCUGGUCUUGUCACUGUAAAUUCCUCCAGGAGCUGACGGAGUUUGUGUCCAGCAGUUCCAUGGUCAUCCAAGACGCCCAGGAUAUCUACUGCGUCGAUGGAGCCGUAAAACGGGAGCUCGACUUAAAUGCUUCCGCAGGCUGCAAUGAGCAGUACGCAGGGAACACGGCUGCGAUUCCAAACCAGGACGUCUACACGGGAUACAUUCCCUUAUUGGCAGCCGUUCUAGUCCUUAUUGUGCUCAUAAUAAUUUUGAUUGUUGUAUUCGUGUUCCGGGAGUCGGUUCGGAUGUGGCUUUUCGCUCAUUAUGGAGUGCGAGUCUGUGAAUCACGGUUCGAUGAUGCUGGAAAACUAUAUGACGCCAUUAUCCUGCACUCGGCCAAGGAUUACGAGUUUGUGUGUCGAACAAUUGCAGGCGAGCUGGAACACGGCAGACCCCCAUUCCGGCUGUGCAUCCAACAGAGGGAUCUGCCUCCUGAUGCUUCACACCUGCAGAUCGUCGAAGCCACACGGGCGUCAAGGAAGAUGAUCGUUAUCUUGACUCGAAACUUUCUGCAAACUGAAUGGAUAAGAACGGAGUUCCGCAGUGCAUUCCACGAAGCGCUAAGGGGGUUGACGAGCAAACUGGUGUUCAUCGAGGAAACGGACGUCGGUCCCGAGGCGGAAGAGGUGGCUGAACUUCAACCUUACUUAAAAUCCAUCCCCAGCAACAGGAUCCUCACGAGCGAUCCAUACUUUUGGGAGAAACUUCGAUACGCGAUUCCCAUCGAACUCUCCCCCCGGGGUAAUAACUACACGAUCGACCAUCAUGAACGCUUCAAACAACCUGUGAGUCCAGGUGUGAUAUUUCGACAGGCACCUCCCCCGCCGGCCUAUUAUCAGGACGGUGACGAGACUAAUUACUCGUCCGCAACGACAGCCACGCCGAGUCCACGCCCCGCACGACAUCCCCUCAACGAUAUCCCCAUGCGACCGCCCUCCGAGCACAUUUACUCAAGCAUAGACUCCGAGUACAGUGGCUACGACCACGAGAACCUUUCAAUGAUACCAAGCGGAGCCGGAGCGAUUUGCAACCCUCAACACAAAAUGCAAAAAUUGCAUACGGCCGCGACGACGAGUAGUGGCGGACAUCCCUCGAAUUGGCGGCCCCUCAACACUGCGGCCGUUCAUGCGUCCAUUCAUCGUAGCAGUGGAGCACAACCGCAGCCUCAAACGCCGGUCGCAGGCAGCAGCAGCGGCAGUGGAACGAGUACAGCACCGGCCCCUGCUCCAGGUGGUGCGAAUUCAAGCGGAAACACCAACAGUGGCCAAGCAUUCCUGGUUUAGCGGCUCGCACGGCUCACCCGUCCGCCUACAAGUCAUUUAAUUUUAGGAACAAAUGGAUAUGAAAGAACUGCCAACCGGAAGACAGCGAGCGCUCACCAUGCAAUGUACCAAUGAGGACAACGGGCCCAACCCACCAAUUAGAAGCGAUCAUGGCUGCGAUUCCUGUGAGUCGGCCAGUGUGUCUGCAAAAGCCUCGAGGUCAAUCCGAACACCCGCCACAAUUCCCUGUAACACAAGGAAACAAAUUCAUGUGAUAUAAUUGUAUUAACUUUAUUUUAUUUUUCGAUUACUUAUACAGUUAGUUGUAAGGACGUAGAUGUAAGGACAGCUCUAAUGACUCAAUGCCUGGAUAUUUCGGCUUGUAAAUAAUAUUUCAUGGUAAAAAUGCCUUAAAAUUGAUAGGGAAUAGGAGGGAGCGGCCAUAGAGGAAUUGAUAUGCGCUUGGGGGUGAACAUUGACGCGAUAUGAACUGUGGAAUUCGGGACAUUUUUUCCUGCGUAGGUCAAGCCCCUGAACGAUUAUGAUGCGACUAAAUUGCAAGUGUAAACACGGUAUAAGUCUACAUAGGACAGGGUUAUCCUUCAGUUGCCCGGCAGACCAAUUCGGCCCUUGGUUUUUGAUAUUCAUUUGGGAAUAAGAGACUAAAUUCAUCCUAAGAAAUGCAUAUAUCUGAUUUCGGUACAUUCAUCAUCAUUGUUAAUGUGAACGUUGAGAUCAACCGCCUUGAAAGGGUUGUGCAAGCUCGCAUCACCGCUUAACAAGUCAAGUUACAAACGAGCCCAACUUCUCCAGCAGUCAAGGUUAACAGAACUUAAUUCAAAACCACAUAAAGCUACAUAACCAAGUAGCAAGUUGACCGCCGACACCGCUACAAAGGCUUCCAGACCGAAUUAGAUCAUAGACCAGAAAACUCUAUGAACUGGCAUUUUUUAAACUCUAAUCAUAGUAAUUUUCCAAAACGAGACCCUCCUAUUUAGGUAAACUUGGCUGGACUAUUUUUUGUCCCCUUUCCUGCUUCUCGAAAGAGGUAAAAACCAUUUUUGCGUCAAACAUCCAAUUAAUUUACGCAAAAUCCAAUUCAAUGGUGUCACUUUCUUCAAACUUAUUGCUUGUGUUUCGUCCACUAAUGAGCUCUAAUUUCGCGAACCGCCAUUGAUCAUUAAUGCAAGAAUUCCAAAACCAAUCCCAAUCCUACACUUCCUUAUCUGAAUCUUUUCUAAAAAUCUAUAAAUAAUCAAUGGAAAAUGUCGCGAUAACUUUCUGGGCCGAUAUGCUCAUGCAUAAUAAUUAAACCAAUCGCAGCGGCCGACCCUAAGUGCUACCUGCGGCUUUUAUAAUUUCUUCAACAGUUAUGAGGCGACUGUACUGGCUCGGACCACACAUAUGAACACAUACGCGACUAGAUAGUGGGCAAUCCGCACCAAAACUAAAAAAAAUCUUCAUAAGUUUCCGAUCCAUGCAAAAAAAAAGUUUAGAUGAAUGAGCGGGCAAUAUCGGGCUCUUAAUUGAUUACUGUUGUUACCUGUGAAUUUAUUGCUCUCAUAAUUUACUCCCAAGCUUCGUGCAGACUGAAUUACUGCAAGAUCAAGCUGAAAUGUAAUAUUCUGGAUCCUCCUUCUUAGAAGAAUAGAUAAAUAAUUUUUUUUUUGGGGACCAGAAAGACUUAAAUGGCUGCUCCCUCUCUACAUUCGAAUUUCACAAGAAAAGCCUUUCAUUAUUUAGAAAGAGAACGAAACAAAUCUUCUUUCCUCGAUCACCUAAAAGAAAAAAACAUUAAAAAAAAAAAUCGAUGUAAAAAUUUAAUCAUUGACUGAUAGUUAAAAAUAGGAAGAAAGUGAUAAGACUUUUCACCUUGUGCUCCUUAGAUUCGUUGAAUGAAUUAAGAAAGAUGAAAUUAUUAUAUUUGAAGCUGGAACUCUAAAAAUCUCAACAGAGAAGCCUUUCGAUAAAACAAGAAACUCUUUCAGACAACUGAACAGUAUUGUUAUAUUUUUACUUUGGCAAAAGGAUUUCCACGUUUGUGUACAGUUAAAAUUCGCUUGGAAGAGAUCUAUUAAUUUGUAUGUAAUAUUUAUUUAGUUCUAGAAUUCCAUCUAGUUUUAGGUAGGAUGAGAAAAUUUCAGUUAGAAAUCAUAAAACUGUAUUUAUUCUAUUGAUUUGUACAUCUGUGUAUAUUGUAUUCGUUUAAUAGGAAACAAAUUAUUUCUCUUGUUCGUGGAUUAGAUAGAACUGAAAGAGAUGUAUCUGUAGAAGUCAAGAUUCCAUAAAAUAUGAAAAAAUAUAUA